AUGAACUUCGCGACGCGCUCUACUCCUCUCUCUAUCUAUCUCCCUCAACCAAUUCACCCCAUUCAACUCAUGGACGUCGAUGGCCACAUUGUCGCUCAUUUUGUCGUUCUCUUUACAGCUCAAAAGCUUAAGAAAUUCAAGACCUGGCAGGAUGGCACAAUGAAGUAUUACAGUUUCAACAGAAAGCUUGUGUUGACUGAUGAGAAGGGCUACCAUAUCGACAAAAAAUUCAAUCGCAAAGGUGUUCCCGAUGUGGGCGAUGAGAUCGAGUUUGAUGGGCAUUUGGUGACAGUAGAGUCCUUCGAGAGUCAAGAGCCCUACGUCAAUGAAGUGGUUACUCGACCUAGUGGAAUGACAACAACAUCAUCUCGUCCUAUUAUGCAUCCUGUCACUGCAACACCACCGCCACCAUCAUCAUCCAUCACACAGACGAAUGUCAAUCAACCUAACGACAAUCGACAUGGCAGAAAGAGACUUCGACCUAUCGGGAAUCGUCCUUUAGGGCUGUCGGCACCACGUAUUCAGCCAUCUUUAUCCGCACCACAUCCAUCGACCACACCAACACCCUCCUCCAUCACACACGACACUAAUGAUCAGCACAUACGUUUGUCGAGAGUAUCAUCUGUAGAGCCAACAAACAUAGCAACAUCUCCACAACCUCACAUAUCAAGUACUAUUGUCGAGUAUCAGCAGCCGCAUAAUAAUAAUCAACAACCCAACUCGACAACCAAUACCCGAGUUCACACACAGCAUAUUCCACAAUCAAUUGCAUCUACUCAGCCAUCAAUUAUUACACUUGACCCAUCACAACAAAUCGCAAACAUCCAGCAAGAACCCAAUAGCAGCAGCCUUCGAAAAAGACCAAUAGAGCCGGAUCCGAUCGAAACGUUGGACCUUGAUUGGGAUGUGGAUAUAGACGAAUCGAUCAACACAGCACCUUCUACAAAGCAACCAUCCUCAAUUCAAACUCCAAAUCCACCUUCUAAUAAUGCUUCGACAACGACUACACCUGCCACGACCAAUUCAAGAACACCAGCACCACCUCGUCGAAUGCGUGUGGGAAUUUCAAAACGCAGCUUACCCAAUGUCCCAGGAGAGCAUCAACCUAUCACUACUUCAAAUGAUAAUCCAUCCUCCAGUAAUGCAAGAGGGUCUUUUGUUUCAGCAGCUACCGUUAUUCCUGAUGAAGCAAUGGAUCAAGAGCCUGAGGCUGCUAAUAAUAUACCAACCCCAACUGGCUCGGCUAAACCUUUCAAAUCACCUCUCGCCGAAGGCGCACCUGUUCCACUUGUGCUCCAAUUUCCUACUCGUGAAAAGACAAUGACGAUCAUGAAGACCAAGAAAUACCAAAAAAGAACUCGAGUUGUUCCGUCACGCAUUCCAAAUGUCAAUCAAUACAAGGAGGUUUUCCGGAAGAUGAUCCAUGAGCAUUUACAGAUCAUGUUGACCAAUUAUGCAGUAUACUACUUUUCGGUGCAAUCAACCCUUGGCAACCAACAGCGUGGUGAUAUUGAGCGACAAUUCCGCUACAAAGGAAUCGGUUUUUAUUCAACAACGCUUCACAGUGAUGGAAGAUACCAAGAGUCUUUGAGAUUUCGCAUCAGGAUUCGCAACCGAGAGCAUCAUUCAAAAUACAACAAAGAUGAUAUUUGGGUUAUUUCUCGGUCAUCCAAUUUCGAGCCCCACGGCACAUUCCUUGCAAGAAGCACAUUUUAUGGGCCUUUCGCAGAUGGCAUGCUCGAGAUCGAAUGUCUUUCCCCACGUGACGCUCGCGUUGCUUCUCAAUUGGUGGUUCAAAACGGCAAUCUAUGUGCUUUGCGAUCAAUAUCUGCCACCACCGAAUUCAUGAUGCUAGACCAUCUUGAUGACAAGCUGGAUAGAUUGCCAUUGAUGCCGUUCUUGCUUGGAGAUGGAAAAGGAAAGAAGAAAAAGAAAGACAAGGAGCCCCUACACCAGAAUAUGACCAACGAACCCGAUUUCAUUCGAUUACGUCGAGAGGACAAUAUUGAUGUGGAGAAGAAAAUCAAAGAAACGAUCGAUCGUUAUCAUCUCAAUGAAGAUCAAGAAAGUGUGCUUCGUCAAGUCGCCAAAUCGAUCAUCAUUGCUCCUGGUUGGAAUGAUGAAACGGCCAAUCCAAUCGUGUUGGUGCAUGGUGUCUUUGGUUCAGGAAAGAGUUACCUAGCAGCCGUCAUUAUCAUAUUCUUGCGAGACAUUAUCGACACAGCAUGCCUACACCGCGAACCUGAUGAUUUAAUAACGUUUCGUAUCCUGGUCUCUUCUAAUACGAAUGUUGCCGUUGAUCGUAUCUUGGCAUCACUACUCAAAUUGGGCUAUGAUGAAUUUGUACGCAUUGGAAGCCUGAAAAAGAUAGCCAAGGCAGUUCUUCCAUACACCGCAAAAGCCAAAGCAUCCGGAAACGAUGAAAUCAAGGAACUCGAGCAAAUGUUAGAGGAUCCACACAACUCAGAAGAAGACGCCGAUUUGAUCGCAUCUACGCUACAAAGGUUUAGGAAAAACGAGAAUUCCUUCCAAGUGCAAUAUGCUCAAGUCGUGGGUACAACUUGCGUUGCUUCGACAUUUGAAGUUUUCAAUGGUGUCACGUUCUCUUUGGCCCUCUUGGAUGAAGCAUCACAGCUGAUGGAGCCGUUAUCGAUGGUCCCGUUAUCAAGGUUUUUAUGCAGCAGGCUGCUUAUGAUAGGUGAUCCAUUGCAGCUACCUCCCACUGUCACUACGGCAUGCGAUGAACACAAUACUGGUGAAGGCAUUGAUAAAACAUUGUUCGAUCGGCUGACCGAGAUGGGUCAUCAAUCAAUCAUGCUACGAACGCAAUAUCGAUGCCAUCCAAGUAUAUCAGCAAUCAGCAAUCAUUUGUUUUAUGGACGUAGACUUCGGAAUGGCAUCACUGAGGGGGAUCGUUCACCUAUCAUCAGCGGGUUACCAAAUCUAGCUUUCGUGGAAAUCCCUGGGCAGGAGCAAAAAAGUCCGCGCAACCAAUCCUUUUGGAACGAGACCGAAAUCGCUAUCGCUGCUCAUAUUACCGAAGCACUAUCUAAUCUUGGAGUCCCAGCCAGUGACAUUGGCAUUGUUGCACUAUAUAAAGAACAAGCUGAUCGACUAGCUGCUCAUGUUGGCUCGAAUGCUCAAGAUCGAAAACAGCACGUGCAGAUAUCCACAGUAGAUGCGUUUCAGGGAGGAGAAAAAGACGUGAUCAUCUUGUCCACGGUGAGAACAACCAAUAGCGCAUUCAUUGAUAAUCCUCCUCGUGUCAAUGUUGCAUUAACGCGAGCCAAACGCCAUUUGUUUAUCCUUGGCAAGCAAGGUCUCCUCAUGGGCAGCGAUAUCUGGUCCAGUAUUCUUACACAAUGCCAAGAUAGUGCCUUCACGAGCCAUGACUUUGCACGUUUACUUUCGCAAUUGCAAUUGAAUCGGGAGCUAUAA